CUGUAGAGAGAUAGAAGACGGCUGCAAUGCGUUCUGGAGGAACAGUGUUAGUUUCGAGGUGCCAAGAUGAACAGCGUAAACAACAUGAACAAUGAGCAGCUGACAAACUGUCGUUUCCUCAGAGAAGAACACAUUAGCAACGGGGACUGGCUGUCGCUUGCCAGGAUCACGUAUCUGGACCAGCGCGCGAUCCCACGUAUCUGGGAAGGUGAAACAGGACUUACUAGGAAUGCUGAUACAAAGACAGAUGCUGUUGGAGUUAUUGCCUUCUACAAGCGGUUGCUCCAUUAUGACUGCAUCGUAUUAGUGAAGCAAUACCGCCCUGCCUUGAAAGCUUACACUAUUGAAAUGCCAGCUGGCCCGGUAGAAGAGAAUGAAAGUCCUGAUGUGGCCGCCAUGAGAGAAUUGAAUGAAGCUACAGGAUUUGUUGGUACCAUUAAGAAGAUUGGCCCUGUACUUGCCAUGGAUCCAGGAGUGUCCAGUUGUUCAAUGAGGCUUGUUACUGUCGAGGUAAAUGGAGAUGAGCCCAAGAAUCUUCACUUGAAGUCAAGUGUUAAUGAGCGAUUCAAGGAGCCCCUCCUCAUACCAGUGUCUGAGCUAUUAGAAAAACUUCGUGCCUUUGCUGCAGCUGGAUUCAUAAUAGACUCCAGAGUUGAUGCGUUUGCCAUUGGUUUGGUUAUGGGAAAUCAAUCUAGGAAAACAAAAAUACCUACAACAUUGAUGUAGAAACUUUAUAUUAUUUUCUUGUAAAUUAUUUUUAUUGAGUGUUGAAUGUUUUGCUUGUCAUGCACGUUUCCAUAUUUGACAUACAUCGAGAAAGAUGCUAAGAGACUGAAGAGGUUUAGUAUAUUAAAGAAAAACAAAACACAAAAAGAAAUUAAUAAUAUAUAAUGUCAUGCUGCUUUAAUUUACUUUCAUUUCAUGAACUACACUAGAUCUUAUUUACUUACAUAAUUUCUGUUCUUAUAACUCUCCUCAGUGUAUCACUGUAUAUUGUUUACUCAGCAAUGAUUUGUAUUUUUAUACUGCUUUAAGAAUAAUCCUAUGUAAACUACAUUUCCAUAUUUUAUGGUCCAUGGGAAUUCAUUUUCUGACAUUAAACGUAAGGACUGAGCCUGCUCAGAGUUCAAGAUGUAGAGCCAUUGAGUAUUACAGUGAACACCAAAAAGAAAAGAAAGAAAAAAGAAUUUUGCUGAAAGUAUGUCAUCUGUUUGGUGGUCACUGAAAUCAGGAGUAACUGAAAGAGGAUAGACUCUGGCUUAUAAUUUGUGCCACAAGAGUUUUACCUGAUAUACCCAUCCAAAGACAAAAUAAUGUUAAUACAGACAUAAGGCUAUGUAAGAUUUUGAUCUCAUUAAGUGCUUACUUCUGGUUCACCUACUUUCCACAAAGUAGGAAGAAAGUCUCUCUAAUCAUUGCUCUGCUACUGAGUAUUUGAGGAUUUGGGGUUUGCUUCUUGGAAGGUGAAAGAACAUUCUCUCUUCACAGUAUGCAGACCAACUCUGGGGCCCACCAAGCCUCCUGUCUAAUAUACACUGAGGGCUCCUUCCCCUGGGUAAGGACAAGUGACAAGGUCAAGAAUGGUGGAGCUAUAUCUCCUCUCUCAUAUGUCUUCAUGGCAAGGAACUUAAUAAAGCACAAGGAAAACUUAACCUUUCCUUUUUACUGCCUAAUAUUACAUGGCAGGAAAACUAACACCUAAUUUAUAGUGACUACUCCUAUAAGGUGAAGUACAUUUCAAAUAACAACACUACAGAGGGAGAUAAUUUUAACUGAAAACAUAUGCCAGACAUGAAGUUUGGAAGUAAAAUACUUUCUUGUCUGACAUCACUUACAUUGUGAUAAGGAAAUGUUGAAAAUGACCAUUGGCAUGUUGCAUACAUAACUGAGCACGACAAAGUAUGUUCGAAGACAUGGCUUAUAGUAAGAUGGGUCUGAUGUUGACAGUAAUAAUGCAUGGAUUACUGUAGUAGGAUUGCCUCCAACAUAGCCCCACAGAAAACGGCUUGAUGGCAACAAAUCUGGUGAGCAUGGGAUCCAUAAUUUUUUCAAAAUCAGAUGAUCUCUGAACAAGAGGGGUGAAAUGUGACUUCUUGUGUUGUCUUGCUGAAUCAGUGGUUUAGUAACUUCCUUUUCAGUCAUGUAUUCAAUGGAAUUUGUGGAUUAUGUCAAUGUACCAUUCAGAGAAUUAGGGUUGGCCCGACAGUCCUCCAUAUACCUCACUCCAAUUUUCACAGGGUGUAGGGGAGCCUCAUGUGGAUUUUCCAUAGGUCACAGUUGAGUAUUCUAAGAGUCUACACACCCUGUAAGAUGAAACCAGGCCUCAUCUGAGAAACAUCCAGCCUCACGUGCAAGGGUACCAUCCACUUCUUUCAGUAGCCAUUCACAGUAAUGAUUUUGUUUUUCACAGGCUGGAGGCAGCAGCUGAUACACAUAUUUCACAUUUUACAAGUCCAAAAUACAAUGGACAUAAAACUGGUCACAAGCAUAACACAAACAAACAAACAAAAGCAGAAAGACAAUACAAAGCCAAAGAAACACUGUAACUAAUUACAUAUUUACUGUAUGCUCCAAAAAUUCAUCAACUGUAUACAAUGAGUUAUUCAUGAGAUAUGAAAAUAAAUUAUUUUUAAAACUGA